GAAAUACACUGAACUGCAAAUCCAAAGUAUGCACUGAAUGUUAUCCGCAGAUCGAAGGGGAUCAGUGAGAUUUGGCGACACAUUCACCAAACUAUUUAUUGAUUUCGUAAAAUCCAGAAACGAAUUGAGAACAAACAAAGCAGCAUUCCUUCAGAAAGUUUUGUGAGACAAAAAAGGAAGUUUGGUUCUUUUCGAUAUGAGAGUUCUUCUUCUAUCUAAAGGGUUUAAGAGAUAAUGAGUCUCUAUCUUCUUCUUCUUCAACAAUGCUCACUUCAAAUUCUAAAGAGAAGGAGAGAUCUCUGUCCUUGUUAUGUUGCUGGUACUUAGGACGUAGACGGUUCGCAAUGCUGCUCCUUCUCAGCCUUGCUUUUGUUGUCUUUAUCUUGGGUUCCUACACUAUCAACAAAGAGAGUAAUAAUAGUCCAAUCAUUCACCAGAGUAUUGAGACCAUGGAUUUUGUUAGCAACCAAACACCGUUGAGUAGAGAGUUGAGUUCUUUCUAUAUUGAAAGUGGAAGCAGUGAUGUAGACAUCAUCCAUCCUCCUCCAUCACUCCCUUCUCACCACCAUCCUUGCGAUAGUUUUUCAUUUCCUCCUCCUCCUCCACCUGGACUCAGAAGGCCUGGACCACGCCCGUGUCCUGUAUGCUACCUAUCUCCAGAAGAGGCCUUAGCUCAUAUGCCAAAGCAUCCAUUUGAAUCUCCUGAGCUCAAGAAUUUGACAUAUGUCCAUGAAGAGAGUCCUGUAAAACGUGAAGAAGAAGGUCAAGGAGGCUCUGAGUUUGGAGGUUAUCCUUCUCUACAAGAUAGGACUAACUCCUUUGACAUUAAAGAGUCCAUGACAUUGCAUUGCGGGUUUGUCAAAGGAACAAAACCGGGUCGUCAAACCGGUUUUGACAUCGAUGAAGAUAUCCUUCCUGAGCUGAACCAGUUCCAUGAUGUGAUUGUUGCUUCAGCUAUAUUUGGAAAGUAUGACAUAAUUCAAGAACCGGUGAACAUCAGUGAGGUGGCAAGGAAGAACAUCCCUUUCUACAUGUUUGUUGACGAAGAAACACAUUCAUAUCUCAAGAACACUUCAAGUUACUCAGAUGAUAACAAGAGAGUGGGAUUAUGGAGGAUCAUAGUCGUGCAUAACGUCCCUUACACCGAUGCAAGGCGUAACGGAAAGAUUCCGAAGCUUCUAUUGCAUAGAUUAUUCCCAAAUGUUAGGUACUCUAUAUGGCUUGAUGCGAAGCUCCAGCUUGUUGUAGAUCCAUACCAAAUACUCGAAAGGUUCUUGUGGAGAACGAACUCUAGUAUCGCAAUCUCGAGACACUACAGACGUUUUGAUGUGUUUGUGGAGGCUGAGGCGAACAAAGCCGCGAGAAAAUACGACAAUGCAUCGAUUGAUUACCAAGUAGAGUUCUACAAGAGGGAAGGCUUGACGCCUUAUAAUGAUGCUAAGCUUCCUAUAACAAGUGAUGUUCCUGAAGGUUGUACAAUCAUAAGAGAACACAUACCGAUCACAAACCUCUUCACGUGUGUUUGGUUUAACGAAGUAGACCGGUUUACCUCAAGAGAUCAGUUAAGUUUUGCGAUUGCUAGAGACAAGAUAAGAGAGAAGGUGGAUUGGAGUAUUAAUAUGUUCUUGGACUGUGAAAGACGAAACUUUGUAAAACAGGUUUAUCAUAGAGACGUUUUGAUGAGCAUGAAACCUCCUCGAGCUUCUUCUUCUUCUAGGGUUCUUCCUGAGCCACUGACUUUGCCACGUGGUAAAGCAGUCGGUGGUAGAGCCACUACAGGGAAGAAGAUUCCGGGACAACGUGGAAAGAGGCGUCACCGGAAAGUUUCAGCUGGUGGAAGAAACAUGAGAUAACAGAGAUAUUUCCACUUUAUUUUGUAAGAUUUAUUUAUUUUAAUGCAAUUUUUUGUUAUUAUUUUGGGAAUUAAUGUGGAAGUAUAGUUUGAAAUUUUGCAGUCUUAACUAAAUUAACUGACAAGUUCUUUAAGUUAGUUGAAGUAGUUUUAUGUU